AGAGACAACAUUAUUGAUUAAUAGUUGAAACCAUAACAGAGCCGCACGGCUCUUAAGAACCCUAUGUUAUACACAUAAGAAAAUUUAAAGAGGAAGAACUAAAGGAAGUUUGGGUUUAAAAGAAGGUGACCGUAUCACUUUCAGCAAAGCCAACGUGUUACCUGGACCCUCAACUUCAAAAUAAAGCUACUUCAUAGAAAUUUUUAAUAUUAUAUACAAAUACUUGUUCUUUUAAUAACAAGUUGAAGGCAACAAAUAAACGCCUUCCUCCCACAACCCUCAGCUCUGAGCUGUCACCUUUCAGUGAGACUGGGGCUUGGAGAGCAACAGGCUAUCAGAAGCCAAAGACCCCGGGUCAGGCCAGGACUGUAAUCACAAUGUGGAUGUGAUCUAAAAGGCUUUAACCUUGUACCACAACCUGUUUUCUAAAAAUGUAAUCAUCAGCUAGGAAAGUAACACAAACAUUAAAAGGGGGAGGGGGGAAAAAAGGAGAAAAAAAGUUAACACCUGAUGACUGGAAAAUCUAUUUAAAUGUGUUACAGGAGACCUUAGAUCAGGUCUCCAAAACGGAGUGUGUAAUACAAUCCAUCGGGGUGAACAAAUAAUGUGGUUUUGGUACCAUUAACAAAUAAAAUUUUUAAAAUUUAGAAAUAGUGUUUGUUUAACCUUUCUCUUACCUUUUUUUAAUUUUUAUUUGUUGUGUAGGUUUCGUAACAUACAUGCUAGUACAGUAGUUUAUGUGUAUAAUUUAGAAAUUAAAACAUACUGGGGACUAGUGCUCACAAUUUUUUUACUGAUCAAAAAAAGGAGACCUCUGCCUUAUAUCAUUCUUCUAGGUCCCCUAGUGGAAGGUAAGACAGUCCUCAUCCUUGAAAGCUCACAUUCCAAUGUGACUGGACAUGCCAGCAAAAGCAAAGUGUCAUUUUACCUUCAGUUUGGGAGAGAAAGAGAAAAGUUUGGCCUUCCCUCUCUGGGUGAGCUCCACAUGCGGGGCUGGCACUCUACUAUGUGUUUUUCCUCCUAAGUCUCAUGGUUUACUCCUCACCAACUCCAAUCCAUCAAGAGCUAAUGCUUUAAUUGCUAAACUAUCCAUUUCCAAACAUUCUCCAAUACUGGAAAAACAUCCUCUUUCUUGAUACCACUCUCUGCAAAUUCCACAGCACUUCAAAUGCUUUCUGUGAGUUGACAGCACCUCCCACCUUGCUGCAUUUCUGUGCAUCACUAUUUCCUACACCAAAUCAUUCAUCACCAAACAUUAAAUAAUCCAGUAAAGAUGCAGUAUUGCAGGUACUUUCAGUAACUUGAAAUGGUGCCAUAUUUCAUUCUUUCCUACCCAGGUAAUUCCACCUUAUCAAUUCUGGCAUAACUCACUUAAAAAACCCAACGAAAUUCUCAUUAAAAGUCUUAGCAGGUUUUUCAAAAGCAACGCUCCCAUGUCCUUCUGAGGAAAACACCACAAAAAGCAGAUUUGCAGAACAGAUCUGAAGAGAGUUCAGUGGAUAUGAACUGUAAGUGACAUACUAGUAUCUUCCCCUAUAUAAGCUGGGCAAAACAUGACCAAAUUUAUGUGGGAACAGUGUUUCAGGAUUGCAUUUAUCCCCGCUGCCCCUCGGGUGGGAAAAAACCACAUCAGCGCUGUGUAUCCCUAUCCAACACACAUUUGAAAGAAAAAAAAUCAUAAGAAAAUAAAGUACAGGCCAAUUAUCUUUGCACUUCAUGCCCACGCAUAGGAAAACAUUGGAAGAGAGAUUCUCUUCCUCCAAACAACACAGGUGUUUCCUGACCUAUAGAAGCUACAGGAGAGAAGGUGUACAAAGUCAAAACCGAAAUAUCAGGAACAGACUCAAAGUGAUAGAGAAAAGGACUGGAAAAUUUUAAGUGACCCGAUGUAAUAGGCUGAAGCUCCACCAAGCAGCUCACUAGGUACCACACACACCAGCUAAGGCAUCUGUAAGAUUUCUGCUGCACAGGCAGCUUGCAACAGGCUAGCAGAAAAGAGGGCAUAGCCCAGUGUAAUACACACAAAAAUAACAGUUAACCACAGUGAGAAUUUAUAGCAUCAACACACACAUUAAGAAGCUGAGCUGAAUUAGAAGAAUCCCUUUCUCAAACCGCAGGGGAAACCCCAGCUCUGCCCGCGUGUGCAGGCACCGGUACCCUUCGCUGCUGGAGGUUUCCCAGGAAGUAGUGACAACUGCCAUAAAGACUCCGCCUACUUUUGCUUUCUAGAUGUAAGCAAUCUGACAUCUCAACGGCAAAUAUUCCCACCAGCUCCUGUCUCCCAUGCACCUCCAGCAGGCACCAGUACCUCUUGCUGCUGAAAGCUUCCCAGAUAGCAGUGAUGACGUACAUGUUGGACUUUGCCUGCUUUCACUUUCUAAAUGUAGGCACACCAGCAUGCCAAAGGCAAAUAUUCCCAGCAUCUUCUGUUCCCCAUACACCUAGUGUUGCCCAAUUACUACAAGAAAUUCAAAGCAUAUUAAAAAAUGAAAACCUAGAAGUCACAAUCACUGCAUGAAUAGUUGAUGAAAAAUUCUUCAGGACACGUAUGUAUUUAUUUAUGAAAAGGAGACACACAGGACAAUUCAGGAGGCAGGAGGGAUGAAAGACAACAUGACAGACAACACCAACAAUAUUCUGCAAGAUAUUCGCAGAGAGAGGAAAGACUCUUCCACUAGCAAAGCUACGUGCGCUGCAGAGAAAGGAAAAGAGAAGAAAAAAAGAGACUGAUAAACUAAAAUCUUUGUCAAUAAGAAAUAAAGUUAAACAUGUAUCAAUUCAUACAUACAAAUAAUAUCAAGAGUGUGAAACAGGGAGGGCAGAGAAGCUUGAAAAUAAAAACAAGACAGACAAUUCUCAAAAUAGGCAAAAAGAAAACCUGAAAUGCAUCCCCAGCACAGCUGCCCCCAAAGCCUCUGCUGCUGCACUUUCAUAUCUACCGAACCGUAACUCAGGAGCUGGGCUCCCCUCACACACCGGCAGCAGCCCUGGGAAAGAACCAGCUCCUCUUCCCCAGGGCAGCGCCAGCCUCCUGCUCCUUGCUUUGACAAACACAACAAAAGCCCUGAGGAGGAAGCAAACGGAAAGCAAAACUGAAAAUGGAAACAGGGAAAUUCUAUCAGGAUGAUGAAAGGAAAGUCACAGCACCACAUAAAUGUGGCUGCCCCACAGCAUCUCAAGCAGUAUCCACCUCCACCACCAUUCUGUCCCACCACACGCCAGACCAACACCACCAUGCUGGCACUCCACAUCCCACAGGUCCUGCCCCUCCUGAUGGCUCUCCACACUGUCCUCGCCUGCCUGCGGCCCCAUGACAACACCCUCCCAUGGAACAGUCUCCAGCUCCUCCGCACCAUGGCUCCCAGCCCAACACAGACCUGCCAGCACCAAGAGCCGCCCUUCUUCCCCGAUGCACUCCGACACAGCAACCACCCGCAGCACGCCAAACACGCUGCCCUCGCCAUCCUGCACAACCUUCUUCACAUCUUCAGUAGCAACCACAUCCCACAGCAAUGGGACAACCAUGCGCGCCACGACCUCCUCAACAGCCUCCAGCAUUACAUCGAGCACCUCCAGCAAUGUCUGCCACCACAGGGGUUGCUCUUCAAAAGGCAUGGGCCCCGCAAUCUCAUGCUCAAGAUCAACAAAUACUUCAGGCGCAUCCAUGACUUCCUGCGGAUCCACAACCACAGCGCCUGUGCCUGGGACCACAUCCGCCUCGAAGCUCACCUCUGCUUCAAACACGUGGACACGCUCUUCCGGCAGAUGAACAGCCAAGCCGCUCCAGCCGUCCACCAAACCUACUUGCACCCAACGCCCACCCCCACCCAACGCUGGUGAUCACCACUGGAGCAAAGGCUGCAGCAGUCCAGGCUGGGAUUGCUCAGCACUGCUCACACCUCUUCCAGCCAGGAGACUAGGACGAUGGGGAAAUGGGUGCAAUGGUGGCAAGGUCGGGACCCAGACCUGGCAUGAUCCGCUGACCCAUAUGGCAGCCUCACCUUAGCUGGAAAGGAUGGAGGAGGAAAUGGCUCUGCUACAUACUCAUGGACAGCCACACGAUGAUGGGGAUAAGAAUGAUAUUCAUUACUCAUGCUGCUACACAACCUGCCCAGACUGCGACCUCCCUGAUGGAGGGAAAGUUCACCAUGGACACUGUGGGACUCUCACUCCAACAACUAUUUAUCAGAACUCAAUUUUAAUUUAUUAAAUUAUUUAUUUAUUUAUUUUGCUGACCAUCUUAUAUAUUUUCAUAUUUAUUUAUCUAAUUGCUUGUUGGAAAUAAAGACCUUUUGCAAAAACAAAAAAAGAGAGAAGAGAUUGUCAUCGUGUGCAUACCAGGCACUGCAGGCAGGCAGGGACGAGCACCCCUCCUGUAGUCCAUCCCAUUGAUGCCUCCUGUCCUGGUCAAAGGCUGCGGACAGCAGGCCAAUCUCAGGGACCCACAACAGUCCCUCAAGCCCCUAGGCAUCUCUUCUGAUGCCAGACUCUCGGACCACACACUUGCCCAGAUGACAUGAUGCCUGCUCCGCACGCUCCUCCUCUGCCACCUCCCACCCUCUGCCUUCCUAACGCUUUCCCACUACCAAGUCAUGAAAGCCACCUACAGAUCAUGACCCAUCACAAAGAACCAUUCAACAAUACCAUAGCACUGUCUGGGAUCAAGCAGGGUGGUAAGGACAAGGUGCAUUUCAAAGGGGAAAGGAGACAACCCAUCAAGGUCUGUGUAGUUUUGGACAAGGAACAGCCCUCCAGUGCUGCCAACCCCACUAAAGAAACACCAAAAAACCUAGGG